AUGUCAGAUAUUCAUAAUGGUUUUAUUGCUCUUUGUCACAAAGACGAAGAUUUUUCGGACUUCAUUAGCUACCACUGCAUAAUUCAUCAAAAAGUACUGGCUAGUAAGAGACUAAACACUAAACAUGUGAUGGAUAUUUCUUUCAAGAUUGUAAAUUCCAUAAAAGAAAAAUCUCUCCAAAGGCGGCUCAUUAAACAGCAAUUAGAUGAGAAGGAACCAGAUUUGGCAUUGUACACUGACGUAAGGUGGUUGAAUCGAAGCAAGUUUUUGCAAAUAUUUCGAGAUCUAUUGGACGAAAUAAUAAAAUUUCUUAAAGAGAGACGUGAUAAAUUAUCAGAAUUGUGUGAUUUAAACUGGCAAUGUGAUUUAGCAGAUUUUAGUGGAAAACUGAGCACAGUAAAUAUGGAACUACUACAUGGCUAG